AUGAGUCUCAUCACAUGGUCCUGAUAUGCCCAGAGAAAGUGAGCGAUCAUCGCAGCCUCUGCGCUCUCGAAACUCAAUCAGAGUAGGCGUCAGUGCGCGCGCUCCGCAGCAGCUGAACUGAGAGCACGAGACCAGCCGUGAUGCCCAGCCCGGAGGAGAGCUGAGGAGCUGUGAUCAUGCCCGAGAGGAGCGCACACUAGAAGUCUUGACGGAGGAUGGCAGGGAUGCUGCGCGCCGCAUCUCUCUCUCUCUGACUCUGUGAGACAGCGCACGGUGCCCUGGACGAGCCGUACAGCAGGAGCUGUGUGUGUGUGUGUUUAUGUGUGUCUGCAGCUCGGGGGAAUGUUUUCAAAUCUCCCCAAGGUGCUGAUACUGGGGGCCAUCGCCGCCGCCUCUGCCUUUGUGGUCACCAUCCUCAUCCUCUUGGUGUGUGUGGGGUGUCAGAGAAAAAGCAAGAGCAAACAUGGCCACGCCAACGGAGGCGCUCAAAGAAAAGAAACAGCUGCUCUGCGCCAGUCCAAGCUGAACUCGAUGAGUAAAUCUGACACCCGCCUGCAUGACAUGCACAGACUGCCCUGCAACGCAAACGGUGGCCCUAAGAGCCGUCCGGCCAGCAUGGAUCUUCUGCUCCUUCAUACCCGCCGCUCCACGUCUGACCUCCGUCCCAGUCCAGGCCGCCAGCUGCCUCGAGCUCCCAAAAAAUCUGAGAAUGAGGAAUGUGAGCACACCUACUCUGAAGUCUGCCGCCGCUCCUCUCCCUCAUCCCUCCUGCCUGAUGACGGCCUGUACGAGAGCGUUGGGAUCAAAGGGGCGGGGCCUGAUAAAGCUGCCCCACCUGCUGCCCCUGCCCCGACGUCAAGCAACACGCCCACUCAGCGCCGUGCCCACAGCCCGACGCUCAACGGGAGCGGCCGCGGUGCAAGCAGAGGAGGCGUGAACGGCGUGAGUCAAGACGAAGUGACGGCGGAGUACGCCUCCAUACGGAAGGUGAAGAAGCUGGAGCGCGGCAGGAGGGAGGAAGUGCUGGAGGAUGGAGAAAGAGAGCACCAGAGCGUGUCCAGCAGCGAGUCCUCCAGCAGCACCUUGCCUAGGAAAACACUGGAACCAUUUCACCUGCCCAAUUUCCCGAAGGAGGCGGUCUUCAUGGGCAACGGAGAGCAGUACAUUUGGAAACCACCAGAAGAGGACGAGAUGAUCGUGCCAGGGGUUCCUCAGCUGGAGAACGGACACAGCCAUCCCACCGCCGUGGAGAUCUCCGACAUGUACUCUACCGUUUGUAAGACCCUGAAGAGGAAACACCAGCAGGGUCAAAGCCAGGAGGAGAGCAGGCCGCCGGCGUCCCAGGAGGUGGAGCGGGGCAGCACAGGCUGGCCUGCCCCCGGUGCUGCAGGGGACGAGUCGUGGGGGAGGUGCAGCUCCCACGAGGAGCCCUGCUACGAACCUGUUGGCGAGAAGACGUGGCCCCGGGGCCUGGCGCAGGAGACAGACCCAGCCUACGCCACCAUCGACUCCCACCGGAAACGGGAGAAGCUGGCCAGCAACACGCUGAAGCCCAAAAAGAAACCCGCACAGGGUCCGGGCAGAGCCAUGACCUGCGAGAACUUUUACGAGACUAUCGGCGACGUGAAGCAGGGCGCGAACGCAGCGAGCACCACCACUAUCUUUACCUUUAAUGACGGCAUGGAAAUGUACGUUACGGGGCUAUAAAAAAGCCUGACUUUAACCAUCGAAUUAAACACCUACAGAGGGGGGGAAACCAACUGCGGCCCUCUGGUUCUCACAAAUGAAAAAAUACACAGGCUACAGCUGCCAAACACACGCAAACCUACACAACCACACAACCAAUGUAUAUUUAUCCUUACCAUAGGAGUGCACAAUCAGACGCAGCACUCAUGCAGACAGAACAACACUGAAUUGGCUGAACAACCAGACCUGUUUUUAGCUGACAGGCAUGCUCACCAAAUCCAGGGAUCAAAACUGAUUUUUCCACCAUGCUACAGUUGCUAAUGAUAGUUUAAUGCAGGAUUAAAAUCAAUAUGACUUUAAGACUCACUGUAGCACAGGCAAGUUUGAAUCUGAUUAUUUAUAUACAGUACCAGACAGAUUUUUUUUUUUAUGUUUUUGAACAUAAAAGAAGCCUCUUGUGCUCACCAAGACACCAAAAUACAUUUAAAACAGUAAUAUUGUGAAAUAUUAUUACAAUUUAAAAUGUCUUCCAUUUGAUUAUUUUAAAAUGUUAUUUAUUCCUGUGAUGCGAAGCUGAAUUUUCAGCAGUUGAUAAUAAUUCUUGAGCAGCAAAACAUCAUAUCAGAAAGAUUUCUGAAGGAUCAUGUGACACUGAAGACUGGAGGAAUGAUGCUGGAAAUACAGCUUUGGCUCACGGGAAUAAAUUACAUUUUAAAUAUAUUCAAAUAGAAAACUGUUGUUUUAAAUUGUAAUAAUUAUUCAUAAUAUAUACUGUAUUUUCAUCAAUAAUACACCCCUGGUAAGCAUAAGAAAUGAUUUCCAAAAAGAUUUUACAAAUCUUGAUUAUUCCAAGCUUUUGAUGGGCAGUGUAAGAUCACAAUACACACACUGCACAUUAACACAGGGAGCACAUGAAACGUCAGCUUCUUCCUCACCCCCUCCCGCUCUGAAAACACACCUGACUGGCUCUCUCCGCUUGAGACGGCCAGCCACCAUCACAGUGUUAGUUUAGCUGAAAAAACACAGAGUUAACUUCUCUUGUUUUCCACCUUAAACAUCAUGUAUGCAGUCUGACAGUUUAGGUGGUGUACAUACGGUAUGUCUGGUCAUUUUUUCAGUAUGCAUGUUACUUGCAGUCAGGCCCAGGUGGAAUCUGCAGGUAUGUAUUUAUUUAUUUAUUUAUUUUGCCACUGAAUUUGGAGAAUCUGAUAAUUAUCUUUAAUUGAUUUAAUGCUGAUAGAAUGGGUUUAAUGAAGCUCCCUGGUCACCUGAAUGCAUUAGAUACCAUUAUUAUUACCUUACAAUAAAAUACAUAAUAAUAAUAAUAAUAAUAUACAGUAUGCACUAAUGUUCAAAAGUUUUGGGUCUGGUUGACUAAUUAUAAAUAUUUUUAAGUCUCUUAUGCCCUCCAAGGAAGCAUUUUUUUUUAUUAAAAAAUAUAGUCAAAACAGCAAUAUAGAUAAAUAUUACGGUUUAAAGUAAUUUCUAUUUGAAUAGAUUUCUAAAAUACACUUUAUGCUAUGAAAAAGCAUUUAUAUAUAUAUAUGUGUGUGGGGUACUGUAGGUGCAGAUUCCAUGUGAGCCUGUUUAAAGGUCACUUUAUGGCUGUGUACGUGCAUUAGCUCUUGAAUUUCUUUUGAUUUUUGGUUAUUUUGUCUAUAGCAUGCCACUUCUGCCCAAUCUUUGGAUGUGUCAGGUAGUUUUAGUGAUAUGCCACUCGUUUCUCACAAGACAUUUUUGAAAUUUUAACAGAAUAGAAGGUAGAAGAAAAGAAAAAGAGCAAAACAAGGUUUUUCGGGAUGCCUCAGCCUAGUUAACAUGUCAUUUUCAAUGGCCAUUGUUAACAUGAGAGUUUAUGAGGCUUGUAGCGCCAGUGUGCUGGAACAUUGCGGUGUGUGUACAGAGGGCAAUAAAUGCUUCUAGUUUGGCCGGGGCCGCUCUCGAUCCACUGUUCUCAGGUCAGUGUGUGCCAGCACUGCUCCGCGGCUCGCUGGGCCUCCGGCUGGCUUAGCCAGCAGCAUUUCAUGGAGACAGUGUCCAAGGAAAACACAGCACAAGGCUUAUGGUUGCUAGCAAAUGUCUUUUGCAAGGACGUCUCAUAUUCUAGGCUGUCUGUGCGACUUGAUCCUAAUGUAAACAAUGCCUUUCCCAAAUGCAUUAUGGGAGCUUGGGAUCGGGGAAUAUGAUAGCACAAUGCAGCAACCUCUGCAAAGGGAAACCAUUCGAGAUGAUCCCAGAAGACUUCAGAGGGCCAUCGGCAUGAAAUAAAACAUCUCCAAUGCAUGGUUGGUUAUUUUACUUAACCGAGUAUACUCAGCAUAUUCAGAUCAUUAAAGUCUGUUGGAGGGCUACAGGAACGGCUCAAAGGAAAGGGAUUUUGGGAUUCGAGAGGGCCAAGUUAUCAGCUCAGGGAUGGAUAGAUAGAGUUCACUAAGGAUAAAUAACCAAGAUACUGUCCUCAUGUCACAUGCAACCUAUGGUGAGAAACGUUGGGUUCGUCAUGUCAGUUUUAAUAUAUACCAAGAUGAAAGAUUUUUAUGGCACUCUAUUUUCUUAUAAAACUGUAUUGGUUAACUCGUUUCCACUUGUAGCAACGUGUUGAGAAAGCUACUAUCACUGCCAUUCACCUGUUCCACUGUUCUGUUCAAGUAUAGGCUGCAACUAUUUCCUUGCUCGCAAUGCAUGCUUCUGGAAACAAAAGCUCUCGUUUUUUUCUUUAUUCUCUCUGGUGCAUCAGAUAUAAUGUAUGAUUCAUUCCCGUGCCUCUCACUAAAAGACAUAGUGCCAAAAAUAGGGGAUACCGGUCACCAAAUGGGAAGUGGAGACGCCACAGACGGCUGCUGCUGAGAGGUUAUGGAUCUUCUCAGGGAGCACAAAGCACAUAUCUGGUCCAGGACUCGUCUAAAACAGUGGGGAUCUGGUCUCAAAGCAACUGUAGCCCUCCCUGCCGUUAUUAACAUGAGUCCUUGAGAUAUGACGAUUGCCGUAUUGAGGGAGGAAGUGUGCUCCACUUUAGCUUUGGCUUGGGGGUUCCUCCCACUUCUGAAUCUGUCCUUCUAGCACAAGGCUUGCUUUGUAUUGCAGGGUCGAUCUGUGUUUUUUGAUGUUGUCACUUCUGAGUGAGGCUGGGAGAACCGAUCGUCCAGCCGUGCAUUGUUUUUGAUGAAAACUAGAUCUUUCAGGGUGUGAUUUGUACAGGUUGCACAAGGGUUUAUUGGUUUUUCAACCACAUUUGUUCAUAAAAGAGGCGGAGAUAUUACAUGCCCGAAAUAAGAUAUUUAUUGGCAAGUAUGUAAAUAAAAUAUCUAUUAAAAAUCCAUUUGCUUGCAUUCAACAGACGUAUUGACUGACGUGAUGCUUCUUGUUCACUCAAUCAUAUGUGGUUAAACAGAAAUAGACAUUAUACCAUGACAAAACAGACCAAAUCGCAUGUAUAUAGAGCAUAAUGCAAUGCAACAUAACUAUAUUAUAAAAGAAAAGCUCUGGUGUUGAUGUUUUAAAAAGCAAUGAAAGGUUUCUUCUCCUGCUGUUUAGGUUAUAUGUUGUGAAGUGUGUACAUUGUAACACUGCUUCCCCAGCAUAUGUCCUUGGCUAUGUGUGGUCCAUCCAAAGUGUAACGCAGAGAAUAGUGUAUGAAGACAAAAAAUAAAAUAAAAAAUAAAUAAAAUAUGUUUAGUAAUAUUCUGUGAAAAAGAUUGUAAUGUUUUCUAUAAAAAAAUUCAUAUGAAUAUUUGUUUUUACUUUUUUAAUAAAGUUGCACCUUAUGACUG